UCCAUAAGUGUGAAUGUAACGGUGUUAUACUGCGAAUCGUUCGGCGAUGUUUCCUUGAUCUCUGCCGCUAACGGUCUAAACGCAGGAACGGAAGUGGACUGACGGAGAUACGUUUCUACCUGCAUGGUGUUGAGUCUCUCAGCGGGUCAGAGUCCAGACCGGAUCCACUGAUUAACAGGUGUUCAGUUCACGUCACCUGCUCUGACUACAGGAUGGCGUUGCAGCGGGUGGCGGUUAUCGGGGCCGGGGCGGCGGGACUCUGUGCGGCCAGACACAUCCUGUCCCGCCCGAACAGCUUCGCCCGCCCGGUGGUGUUCGAGCUCACCGACAACAUCGGCGGCACCUGGUGUUACGAUGAGCGCGUCGGUAACUAUGACAACGGACGACCGGUUCACAGCAGCAUGUACAGAGACCUCAGGACCAACCUCCCCAAAGAGGUGAUGAUGUUCCCUGAUUUCCCCUUUGACCCUCAGCUGAGCAGCUUCCUGCCCCAUCAGGAGGUGCAGAGGUACCUGGAGAGGUACUGCCACAGCCACAACAUCCGCCCUCACAUCAGGUUCAACACUGCGGUGGAGAACGUGAGGCCUGUCGUCGAGGAGGAGACGACCACGUGGGAGGUGACAUCAUGUGAUUCGUCAGGCGGUCAGAAAACAGAGACCUUUGACUCCGUGUUUGUCUGCUCAGGUCACUACUCUGACCCACACAUCCCAGACAUACCAGGGGUGGAGAACUUUAAAGGUGAGGUGCUCCACAGUCACUCGUACAGGUACGCAGAGCCGUUCUCAGGUCAGUCGGUCGUGGUUCUGGGAGCCAAAGCUUCAGGACUGGACAUUUCCAUUGAACUGGCCAAAGUCGGCGCCCAGGUAACUCUGAGUCACGGCCGUCCUCGUCUCACCUUCCCUCUUCCCUCUGGGAUUCAACAGUCCAGUCCGGUGGUGGCGGUCCAGGACGACGGCAGCGUUCGCUUCCAGGACGGGUCUGUGGGCCGGGCCGACGUCCUCAUGUUCUGCACCGGGUACAACUUCAGGUAUACGUUCCUGGACGCAGAUCAGCUGAGUUUGGAGAUCCAGGACCACAUGGUGUCUCCGCUGUACCGCUUCCUGACGCCACCCGCCUUCCCCUCGCUCUUCUUCAUCGGCAUCUGCAAGAUCAUCUGCCCCUUCCCCAACUUCGACUGCCAGGUCCAGUUCGCUCUGGCUGUGUUGGACGGCUCCGUCUCUUUACCGUCUCGGGCCGAGAUGGAGGACGAGGUCCGUCGAGAGCUGCAGGAAAAGGUGGAGCGUGGAGUCCAGCGGCGCCACCUGCUGAUCAUGGAGAAGGAUCAGUGGGAGUACUGCCGGACGCUGGCUCACGCCGCCGGCUUCCCGCCGCUGCCUCCUGUCGUACGCAGCCUGUACGAGGAGGUGUGGCGGCAGAGACAGAUUCACCCCCAAAGCUACCGGAGCCUCAACUACAGGCUGAUCAGUGACACCCAGUGGGAGCUGAUCGAUUGAUCAAUGGAGAAAAAUUUAUGAUCAAAAUCACAAAAUAAUAAUGAUAAACAACAAUUUUAUAAAGAACUUCAGCUGAACAACCUUCAAACAGGGAGAAAGUCCAGGAAACACAAGUUGAUGCAGCUCGUCAUCUGAAGGUCAGUCCACCAUCUUGGAUUUCACCUUUCAGCUCCACUGACUCUGAAAACAAUCACCUGCACUCCAUCAGUUGGCCGCUGCAUGACUGUGGUCCAGACUGAAACAUCUCACCAGCCUCUGGAUGAGACCUCAUGACGUUCAUGUUCUCCAGAGGAUGAACCUCACAGACGGUGGUGAUCCUCUGACUUCUCCUCUGGCGCCACCAUCAGGUCACAUUUGAACACUUUGGUUUAUGAUCAACACCUGCAGAACUGCAGCUGUACUGGCAAUCCAGAGGUUCUUAUUAAUGGCUAAUAACUGAUCUAUAAGAGGUUAUUAACAAUUAAUAAAUGCAUUAAUUACAGCUAAUAAAUGGAGCCUCAUUAGGAAGCGGUGCCUGAGACAGAACGUGAAGCUUGUGUUUGAGUUUGGUUGUUGUUUAUUAGCCGACAAACAAAUCAGCACUAAACUACAUCAUUAACCCCUGAGGAGACAGACCCAUGUGAGUCAUAACACUGGUCUCCUCUGAAAGGAAACUUUAAAUUCUACAACCAAACAAAGUCACAGAGACACUGACAUGAAGAAAUUUAAGUUUUUUGUCUGAUUUCUGUUUUUUGGCAUAAAAAGAGAAAGUCAGGCCUGUAGUUGGAGCUGUGGUGGAGUGUGAACAGUUGCUGAAGUGAUGUGAGGAUCAGGAGACUAACAGCUUUCUAAUAAUGUAUAAGUUUGUCCAGGUUGUGUGAAGAGUCUGGUGAACACACUUUAAUCAGUGCGACCGGGUCACAGAGGAGGGACGUGGACUUUAAAAGGUUAAGGUACGGUGGCCCCGAGAGGUCAAAGCACUGCAGCUGAAGAAAACAACACACAACACAACGGAAGUGUUUCCAGGGGACACAAAAAAAUGCUGCACCAGUCCGGGGACAUAGCAGUGAACUCUCCUCUGAUUGGCUGACUGUUUUCUGAGUGAUCAAUAAAAAUAAAGCAGAUUUCAGGUAAAAACACU